CACUCCAUACCUGCUGGUGUCAGUAUUGCACCCUGUAUGGUGGUGCAGCGUGACACAGCAGCAACAGCAGCAGCAGAAGAAGAAGGGUACGCGUCGCACGUGUGGUCACUCUGCGUGUAUUCAGUGAGAGUCGCAGUCCAGGAGAAAGGAAAAUCCCACCGAUAGCACCGGUUUAACGCUUUACAUCUGAUAACAUGAAGCCAGGGUUUAGUCCUCGUGGGGAUCGAGGAGGACGAGGUGGAGGUAGAGGUGGAGGUAGAGGAGGAUUUGGUGACAGAGGAGGAUUUGGUGACAGAGGAGGAUUUGGUGACAGAGGAGGACGAGGGGGAUUCAGAGGAGGAAGAGGUGGAGGAUUCAGGUCCCCGGAGGGUGGAGGAUUUCGCGGCAGAGGGGGUGGAAGGGGCACCCCAAGAGGAAGAGGAGGCAGGGGAGGGAGGGGCGGCAGAGGAGGCUUUGGAGGGGGGAAGAAGGUCUUGGUUGAACCACACAGACAUGAAGGAGUGUUCAUCUGCAGAGGAAAGGAGGAUGCCCUGGUGACCAAGAACAUGGUGGUAGGAGACUCUGUGUACGGAGAGAAGAGGAUCAGUGUGGAGGAAGGAGAGACUAAGAUUGAGUACAGAGCCUGGAAUCCGUUCCGCUCCAAACUGGCAGCAGCCAUCUUGGGAGGAGUGGACCAGAUCCAUAUCAAGCCUGGAGCAAAGGUCAUGUACCUGGGAGCUGCCUCUGGAACCACAGUGUCUCAUGUUUCAGACAUUGUUGGACCGGAAGGACUGGUCUACGCUGUAGAGUUUUCCCAUCGAUCAGGUCGUGAUCUUCUCAAUGUAGCAAAGAAACGCACCAACAUCAUUCCGAUUAUUGAAGACGCUCGGCACCCGCACAAAUAUCGCAUGCUGGUUGGCAUGGUGGAUGUGAUUUUUGCUGAUGUUGCCCAGCCUGACCAGACUAGGAUUGUUGCUUUGAAUGCUCACAACUUCCUGAAGAAUGGAGGACACUUUGUUAUCUCCAUCAAGGCUAACUGUAUAGACUCGACAGCGGCUCCUGAGGCAGUGUUUGCUUCAGAAGUGAAGAAGAUGAGCGCUGAGAACAUGAAACCACAGGAGCAGCUCACACUGGAGCCCUAUGAGAGAGACCACGCUGUGGUGGUGGGCAUCUACAGACCUCCACCUAAACAGAAGAAAUGAUGUACGGAAGAAAGCUCAGGGGAACGGAUUCCCAUUUUUGAACCAUCUACUUUUCAUACUGUCUGUUGUCUGUUGCCCACCUCUCCACCUCUACCUGCCUGUUUGUCGGUUUCUGCACAGUGUGAAAGCAUGACAAGCAAUCAGGGUAAAAUUUGGCUGGGUUUCUUUUUUUUAUUUUGAGUCCUUUGACAGUUAGCUAAACAACCACACAACUGCUGGAGGGUCUUUUCUAUUACUAAUAAGGUUGGGUGCACAUUACAUGACAUUUGGGGCCAUUUGAGCCACAGAUUGUCCUCUGAGUUGCUUGCCAGAUUGGAGAGAGUCAGAUUCGUAGUACAAGUUUGAUAAUAUGUAAAUGUUCACUGUUGCUUGCCUUAUUUCACAUUUGUUAUGCACAAUUGAUAUCAGGACUGUGUUCUUGUGCAGCAACACACCAGGAAGAUAAUAAAGUAAUUGACAGUGGUCGAGUGUUAAA